GGGCUUGUUUCUUGUGGCUAAUCUAACUACUCAAACCACGAAGGCACCUUCAUGGCUAUGCUAUUAUUCACUCUUUCACACCGGUCCCUUUUACUGACAUGCCUCGUUUAACUCAGAAGUCUUCACGAUUUAGAUGCAGAUGGGACGUGGUGGGACUUUUCUUGAGAGACUCAAUUGAUCGCAGUUUUCCUGGGAACAAUAUGCUACUUGUGUGUUGAAGGAGAACCCUGUACCUAUAGAGACUGGUACACCACAGCCAUCCAUAACAGUGGGAUGAAAAUCGAGACCGUGACUGAUCUUGGUGGUCUAGACCUAUCCCCACAGGAGUCCACCCAGCAUCAUAUGUGUGGCCAUACAGCCAUAUCAUCGUACGUGUCAGACCCAUCCCUCCCAGAAAGACGAAGAAAAGGGAUCGUACACAUAGUUGGACCCGGAAGCCAGAGUUGCCGCCCCAAGCUCCUAUCUGACCCCGAGAAGGUGGCCUUAUAUGAUUCAAAGGUGCCCCUGCUUCUCUCCAAGCGUUGCUCGCAUAGCUUACUGGUGCUGCCACAUGAAUUUGCCCUGUUUACCGGGCAAUCUUAUGUCGUCAUGUUGAGAUCGAAGCUGUUGCUCUACCGACCACGAGGUCUCCUGGUGCAAAGACGCAGUAUGGAAUCAAUGAGUGAAAAUAUCUAUCUAUAUAUAUAUCCCAGGCAUCAUCGCACACGAAUUGACUCAACAGUGCAUUUCGCGGGAAUUCAUGGGCAGCGUCCCAGUGGCAUACCAGGACUUGAAACGCCAUAGUGAGCUAAGGUCAGUAAGUUAUGAGGUGCGGUUCUGUUCCUAAUCCGAACCUUGGUUCGAUAGGGUCAGGACACCGAUAACCAGACCAUCUGGCAAGCAGUCGUAACUGAUCCAAUUGAAAGAAACACAGAUGCCUAGAAUAAGAACGACUCGGCCUACCGGCAUCCAGCGGCAGCCAAGAUGAUGCAAAUCAAGUUUGUCGCGACAGACGAAAAGGGCGAUGGGGGCGACAAUUGGGCGGCGACGGAUCUGGCGGGCGAAAAGGAUAGCCGGAGAUGACGCCAGCGGUGGUCAUGGCCUUGAAGCCUGACGUGGCCAGACCGCGGUCACGUGGCCGCAUGGCUGGGGAAGCCAGUUGCAAGUCGCAGCUCCAUCGCGCCGCCUUGCAGCUUCUUCCUUUUUUUCCCGAUCUAUAGUUUCAUCUGUUGUUUUCACAAAACAACAGACUUAUACAAGGCCUGGCUGUCAGGGUUGCUCCAAGGGCGAGUCGAGGGUCCUGCGAUCAGCAUUGGCGGGAGCUGCGGAAGGGGAGCCAGCCAGCUUUUGCGGCCAGGAAUUAAUUUCCCCCCCCAUACUUGACUGCCAUUUUGCUACUAGUGAAGGAACUAGUCUAGCUACUCCGGACGAGGUAUCUAGGGGCUGUUUUAGGAGUUAAAGAUAGAAACAAAUCCACUGGGAUAACCGUCCGAGGUUCUGCAGACAAGACCCGAUCGUGGACAUAUUUAGAUCAGAGAC